GGCGUCCCCUCGCUCGUGCGCCGCGUCCCCCCUCCUCGCCGCCGGGCCGCGCUCCGUCCCUCAGCCCGGCCUCGCCUCGCCCCCCGCCCGGCCAUGGAGUGCCCCCACCUCGGCUCCAGCGUCUGCCUCGCGCCCGACCAGGCCCAGUUCCCUCAGGGCUCGCCCUCCUCCUGGAGCUGCAGCGUGUGCAGGUCUAACAAAAGUCCUUGGGUCUGCCUGACGUGCUCAAGUGUCCACUGCGGAAGAUACGUAAAUGGCCACGCAAAGAAGCAUUACGAAGAUGCCCAGGUUCCUUUAGCCAACCACAAGAGAACAGAGAAGCACGAGAAAAUUCAGCAUACGGUGUGCAUGGACUGCAGUAGUUACAGUACUUACUGUUAUCGCUGCGACGACUUUGUCAUCAACGAUACUAAGUUGGGCCUGGUGCAAAAAGUCCGAGAACACCUGCAGAAUUUGGAGAACUCCGCUUUCAUAGCAGACCGACACAGGAAAAGGAAACUUCUGGAAAAUUCCUCCCUAAAGAGCAAGUUGUUGAAAAUAAACGGGAACACCACAACUCUGUGUGCCACAGGCCUUCGGAAUCUGGGGAAUACGUGUUUCAUGAAUGCAAUCCUUCAGUCCCUCAGCAACAUCCAGCAGUUCUGUGGCUACUUCAAAGAACUACCUGCCGUUGAGCUCCGGAACGGGAAGACCGCAGGCCGGCGAACUUACCACACCCGCAGCCAAGGCGAUAACGGCAUCUCUUUGGUGGAAGAGUUCCGUAAGACGUUGUGCGCUCUGUGGCAAGGGAGCCAGUCGGCGUUCAGCCCGGAAUCGCUCUUUUAUGUUGUCUGGAAAAUCAUGCCAAAUUUUAGGGGGUACCAGCAGCAAGAUGCCCACGAAUUCAUGCGAUACCUCUUGGACCACCUGCACUUAGAGCUCCAGGGGGGCUUCAACGGCAUUCCGCGCUCCGUCAUCUUGCAAGAGAAUUCUAGCCUUUCUGCUGGCAGUAGAUGCUGCAUAAACGGAGCUUCUACUGUGGUCACAGCCAUUUUCGGAGGCAUUCUUCAAAAUGAAGUCAACUGCUUGAUCUGUGGGACAGAAUCCAGAAAGUUUGACCCAUUCCUAGAUCUUUCUUUAGAUAUUCCAAGCCAGUUCAGAAAUAAACGUAAUAAGAACCAAGAAAACGGACCAAGUUGCACAUUGCGGGAUUGUCUUCACAGUUUUACAGACCUAGAAGAACUUGAUGAAACAGAACUGUACAUGUGCCACAAAUGUAAAAAGAAACAGAAGUCCACCAAGAAAUUCUGGAUUCAGAAACUACCGAGGGUGCUGUGCUUGCAUUUGAAGCGCUUUCACUGGACAGCCUACCUGAGAAACAAAGUGGAUACCUAUGUGGAGUUUCCCCUCAAAGGCCUAGACAUGAAAUGUUACUUGCUAGAGCCGGAAAACAGUGGCCCAGAAAACUGCCUGUAUGACCUUGCAGCUGUAGUGGUGCAUCAUGGUUCUGGGGUUGGCUCCGGCCACUACACAGCCUACGCGACUCACGAAGGGCGGUGGUUCCACUUCAACGACAGCACCGUGACGCUGACUGACGAGGAGACGGUGGUCAAAGCCAAAGCCUACAUCCUCUUCUACGUGGACCGGCAGGCCAAGUCGGGAUCCGACAAACUUUAAGGCCUCCGGCCCGCCUCUUGCAUAUCCUGUCCAGUGGACGAAACAUUUCCAGUUCUCCGUAAAUACUUGAUCCAAGACUCUUGGUUUCAUUGUGCACUUUCCAAACUUUUCUUGGGUUCUAGUUUUACUUCGCAAAUAGUAGCAUUUGAUUUGUUAAAAGCGGACGCAGGCUAAUUUUUUUUUCUUUUGGUUAGUUACACCGUAGGGUGCGGGGGGAGAGAACCCUCGGCAGAUAACGAUUUGCUGCUUCGACUAAAUUUUUAUAUAUAGUUUCCAUUUUAGUUGUUUUGACUUUUUAUAUCAAUGUUUUAUCUGCUUUCUGAAGGCACAUUUACACCAGAGAAACUUGAAUCCUUAGAGUAAGCACGAUUAAUGUGUAUCCAAUUAUGACAUGCCACAGAGUUGUUAUUAGAUAAGAUUUCUAGACCUUGUGCUGGAGCCUCGGGUUUCCCCGUGGCUGACCCCGUGGCUGCCUCGUUUAAAGGGACGGCGAAAGCGUGGUCUCGCGAAGCAGGCCGGCGAAAAGCUGCUCCUUCUGCCCGUGGAGGUAACGGCCCAACCUUGACUGUUGACACUCCAGGAAGCCACCGAGUUGGCAAGAAGACAAACUGUUCCACUGGCCUGCCUCCCCCCCUUUUAAACAAGGAGGGGGGGGGGGUUAUUUCUGAUUUUUUACCGCAGUGUAAAAGAGAUUCCAGGUGGUGCUUUUCCCUCGGAAACGGACUUGAACUGUUCUCUUUCAUUCCAUGCUGUCAUUCCACCCCCACCCCCCGUUUUACGAGCACAGCCUUCGAGGAGGGGCUGUUCUGAAAUGCCGUUUGCCUGCCCCCGGGGCUGCCAGUACAGCAAGACGACGAGGGCCGCGGCCUAAGCGCCAGGCCCGCGGCCAGGGGAUCUGCUGCUUGCGAGUUCGCCCAGCCCGGCCGACUUCACGUGGCCGUCGAGGGCUUCUUGCUGCAGGUUGCGUUCUGGCCCAGCUGCGUUAGGUGACUUGCACAUGCUUUUAUUUUUAAAAAUUGGCAUUUCUAGUUCUGCUUUGUUUGUGGCAGCUAAUGGGACCCCCGCCUGCCAUUUGCAAGAGGCGUUGAAGGCACUUCCUUGCCCGAAAGGACCUCCUGACACCUGCCCUGGGGAUGCUGCAGUAAUUCAGAACAGCCUCCUCUUUUCAGCAUUGGAGUCAGCAAGAAGGGCCCUGUUCCGGCUCCUUGCCGUGUUUCCCUCCUUCCCGGCUAGCUGUGCUCCCUGACCGUGACGUUGGGUGGGGCGGGGAGUCCUGUAGCUGAUUUUGCUUCGUGUCCCCCUCCUUGGAGGAGUCUGAACGUCCUUAUGGCCUGACGUUUGUUCUUUUGGGGAUGUGGACGUUGACUUCAAAUGCACUUAACUUGUUCCUCCUGUACCUGAGACAGCUCUUGGAUCCAGAGCACACCCCCACCCCUCCCCGAGAGCUGCAUGCGGACAGCCUGUUCAUUGAGUUGUGGCAACACAUGUAUUCCUCUUCCUGGCGGAGAUCUUUGCUUGUCCACUGGAUUUUACUCAGUGAGUUGUGUCAAAGUAACAGAUUUGCAGCAGUAAAAGUUGUACUGUGCCUGGG